AUGGAACGAACAUCAUUGCUGUUGAAUUUUAUUUACCCACUAGUCAAUAAAUGCAAUCCGGAGUUGUGUGCACAUAUGCAAAAGAAUGACCUGGGGACAAUCUUUGCCCUUUCGUGGGUCAUCACCUGGUUCAGCCACGUCCUUGGUGACAUCAAGAGAAUUCUACGAGUAUUUGAUUUCUUCCUGGCCUCUCACAGAAUGAUGCCUGUCUACUUAUCGGCAGCUUUUGUGCUUUAUCGAGAACAGGAUAUUUACGCAGCUGGAGAUGAAAUGGGGUACAUCCACAAAUGUCUUUCAACGAUCCCUCCGGAUCUACCCCUGGAGUCCUUACUCCAGCGUGCUGGCGACCUCUACCUUCAGUAUCCUCCGACGGAGAUCAGCCAGGACCCCAUGCUCAUACGUAUGAACAGGCAGGUACAUGAGCACUUUAACCGCAUUGACAGUCGCAGCGCGGCCAGGCGUGCAGCUCAGCAGAGUCAGGAUAGAGGUCGCCUGUUUGUGAAAGCCACGUUAUGGACAGUGACGGCAGUUGUUGGCGUCGCUGCAGCCGUACUUUAUCACAGCUAUAUGGGCCAAAAUUGGACAUUCAGUGAUAUAUGGAGUUCGUAUACGUAG